AUGGCGGCCCCAGCAGAACCCGUGUACACGACCAUGCCGGCCUACACGACCGAGCCGAUGCCGGCUUACACGACCAUGCCGGCCUACACGACCGAGCCGAUGCCGGCUUACACCUACCAGCAAGAUGCCGGCGUGCCGGUGACCUACGCAUCGUCGCCCUACACGAUCUCGGCAGGAGCCUACACCAUGCCAAGCAUGCCAGCUUACUCGCCGCCGGUCUACAGCGGCUUGGACCAUACCAAGGGCAAAUGGUUCGCACCCGGUGAGGCGCUUCCCCCCGGCUUCGUCGUCACCUCCCACCCGGAGGGUCACACGGCACCCCAGGCAACCCACGACAUGACGGACAUGGCUCGCGAGAGCUUUGUGGUGACCGGCACAGCAGCCAGCUCUGCCUUGCCCAAGGCCGAUGGGCAGACGCCGCUGGUGUGGACGGAGGAACUGAAUUGCCUGGAGAGCCUGCAGCUGGCUGCGACGCUCCCAAGAACAUCAAGUUCGGCUUUCAGUUCAUGCAGGUCGGGAACUUCCGCAUCGGUGCCUAGGACGGCCAUCACUUUUCAGUGGCUGGCAAGGAUUUCAGCGUGGCAUCACCUUCGCAGACAGGUUCAUUCAGCUCGGCGAUUUCCUGAUUGGUGA